CGAACGUUUAGCGCUGGCGCUCAGUGGAGGUGGUCGGGGCUCUGCUGCUUCCAGGUUACAACAAGCUGUCGCCUCGGAUCCGAUGCCGGCCGAGAUGGUCAGCAGUCAGCCUAUCCCGAUAGAUGAUCCUGGGAAGAGGAGGAGGAAGAAGAAGAAGCGGGGCCGGGCGGCGGAGACCUUCACUGGGAGGUUUGCAGAUUUGUACACGCUGACGGACGAGCUGCUUGGAGAAGGAGCCUAUGCCAAGGUCCAAGGCUGCAUCAGUCUGCAGAAUGGAAAAGACUACGCCGUCAAGAUUGUGGAGAAGAAGGCCGGCCACAGCCGCAGCCGCGUCUUCCGAGAAGUGGAAACGCUGUACCAGUGUCAAGGCAACAAGAAUAUUUUGGAGCUGAUUGAGUUCUGUGAAGACGAGGCGCGGUUCUAUCUGGUGUUCGAGAAGCUGCUCGGCGGUUCCAUCCUCUCCCACAUCCAGCGGAGGAAGCACUUUGAUGAAAGGGAAGCCAGUAUGGUGGUCCGGGACAUCGCCUCUGCCCUGCACUUCCUCCACACAAAAGGAAUUGCACAUCGAGAUCUGAAACCAGAGAAUAUCCUGUGUGAAUGUGAAGAUAAGGUGUCGUCUGUGAAAAUCUGUGACUUUGAUCUUGGGAGCGGAGUAAAGCUGAACAGCGCAUGUACUCCGAUCACCACCCCGGAGCUCACCACUCCCUGUGGUUCUGCGGAGUACAUGGCACCAGAGGUGGUGGAAGUCUUCACAGAAGAAGCUACCUUCUAUGACAAGCGGUGUGAUCUAUGGAGCUUGGGUGUCAUCCUGUACAUAAUGCUGAGUGGCUACCCUCCCUUCGUGGGCAAUUGUGGGACAGACUGUGGCUGGGACCGAGGAGAAGUCUGCCGAGUGUGCCAGAACAAGCUGUUUGAAAGCAUUCAAGAAGGGAAAUAUGAGUUUCCUGAGAGAGACUGGGCUCGCAUCUCCAGCCAUGCCAAGGAUUUGAUCUCCAAGCUGCUGGUCCGCGAUGCGAAGGACCGACUCAGUGCAGCGCAGGUUCUUCAGCACCCUUGGGUUCAAGGGGAUGCUCCAGAAAGAGGCCUGCCAACCCCGCUGGUUCUUCAGAAAAACAGCAGCGCUAUGGACCUGACCCUGUUUGCAGCGGAGGCCAUCGCGGUGAACCGGCAGAUUUCCCAGCACGACAGCGACCUGAGCGAGGAGAAGGAGAGCUUCAUCCAGAAGAUGUGCUCCAUGAGGCUCUCCCCUCCCUCCAAGUCUCGCCUGGCAAAGCGGCGAGCACAGGCCCUGGCCGGUAAAGGGAGUGGCCCUGAGUGACCCAGCUGGCACGCUCCAGGUGCCUUUCUACAAUCGUUUUUAAUCCUUUUAUACGUUUCUGCCGAGGAGUCGCCCGAUUUGGGUGCAUUGGUACUUUUUAAUUUUCAGAAUGUGGAUCUUUUAAAUAGCUGUGAGCGGAGCGUGUCCUCUAUGGUGCCGAUGUCCAGUAUUGUGCCAAUGAAAGUAAUCCCCCCCCCCACCCUAUUUAUUGUCGCCCACUUCCCGACACUCACCCCUCCCCCACGAUUCUGUUAUCUGUCACAGACCUGCAGUCUCUGCAGCGUCGCCUUUUCUUCUCUGGAACUAAAGACUUGAAUCUCCAUUUUUGUAGCACUUUGAUGUUGUUGUUUUUUUAUACGGGGCGUUGGGGGCGGAGCUGCUGGCGGUGGAGGAUGACGCCACCUCUGGCCUCUUUCCACUCUGGGAGUUUGUCAGCGUUAAUUCAGAGAAAUAAACUUCCAGG